GGAGACGGCUGGUGCGCGAUGGACUACAGGCCGGUCUGCGCGGCGGGCAAGACGUACGGCAACGCCUGCGCGGCGAAGGCCGACUGCCACAACGAGUGGGACGACGGCGAGUGUGGCGCCGCCGCCGGCGCCGCCCGCAUGCGGACCGAGCCCGCCGCAUCGCAGCGCGUGACUACGCUUCUCCCCGCCGCCGCCGCCGCCGCCGCCGCCGCCGCGCUCGCCGUCGCCGCGGCGGGCAUGCGGCUCCGAGG